CUGCUUCCCUUUCAUCAGUAUGUCCACCUGCAUGUGCAGCCUACCCGACAGUUACACCAAGGUAUCGGUCUUCCAUGCGCAUCACACUGCCAUAUUGAGGUUUUCCAUGUCGCAGUGGACUUGGGUGACCGGCAUGGAUGUCGUCACAGUGGACAUCAAAUCUCAGACUCGGAAUUCUGCAAAACAACCCCGAAAAUAAACCAAGUUGGGCUGAUUCCCGUCUGCAGCAACCGAUUUAUGUUUAUUGACAUAAACAAGGAGCUGCCUUGGACCGAAUUGCCCAUUUCUCUCGUUACUCAUUCUCUCUCUUACACUCUAACAACCGUGCCAAAACGACACCCAGCCCAUCUUUCAGAAGUCUCGGUCUUUCUGUCCACAACCUCUUGCAAAUCGAUUUUCCUUCUCUCGUCAACCCGUCACACAAAUGGCCACUAUGGAUCCCAAGAAUAACUUCUACCUUCGGUUCCGACACUCGGUUACGGACAUCCAGGAGCAGCUUGAAGCCCUCCCCAGCAAGGCAGCCGUCGGCGGCGAGCUGAUGUAUGCCACUGAGGACAUACUGAGUCGCAUCUCGCGCCUGUCCAAGGAAGUCGCUGAUGCCGCUGACUUUGUCCCCGCCUAUGACCACCGCGCCUACUCAGACACAGUCAAGUCCCUCCGGGACCAGUUCACUGAGGCCCAGGCCAAGUACCAGCCCAGAUCCCGCUUUCAGUUCAAGCAGCGCGCCGUCAACAGCUCUGCGACACCCAAGCCUGACACCCGGAGCCUGAACCCAGCUAAUGUCGACAACCACCACCGUGAUUCAAACCCUAAGGCAGCCGAGGCCAAGGAUGCCUCCAACACCAACACCAUCACCACAGCCGCAGGGACCACCACACUGAACCAGGUCUCUUCCACCCGGGGCGACCUGACCCUCUCCGACCACACCCGCGUGCAUAUCACGCUCCCAUCCACAGCCGCCCGCGCCGUCUCUGCCUGGACGCUGACCAACCUCGAUCGGUGCAUCGUGGACAUGUCGGCGCAGCCGAGCAGCAACGACGAUGACACCCACCCCGCCUUCGCCAGCCUGACCCUCAAGGACAUCUCCGGCAGCGUCAUCGUGGCGGGCCGCGUCGACGGCCCCGUGCACGUCACGAACGUGCGCGACAGCGUGGUCGUGGUGGCGGCGCGGCAGGUGCGCAUCCACGACUGCGAUAAUGUCGUGUUUUAUCUGCACUGCGUUAGCAGGCCGAUUAUUGAGGCGUGCAAGCGUGUGUGGUUCGCUAAGGCGCCUGCGUGUUAUUUGACCGACAAGCAAAAGGGUGAAAUCAACCUGUUCGAUCAGGUCGACGAUUUCCAGUGGCUGAAGUCGACCGCCUCGCCCAACUGGAGUGUGCUGCCGGAGUCGGAUGCUGUUCCGGAGGAUGUCUGGAAGAAGCAACUUGUUGGCGGUCUGGGCCAGGCUAUCGAUGAGACCCUCCGCAACCUGGGCGCUGGGAAGCGGCCAUGAGACCAAAGGAUGGCUUCAUUGUUCGGGGAACCUGACAUCGCAGGCUUGUUUGGUUCUUGCGGACCAUCCCGUUGAGAUAUCACUCACUCUCACCCUUGAGGAAGUAUAAAGUGUAUCCCUCAAGCCGCUGUGGCUUAAAACAAUUCAAGGAUCGUUUCCAUCACUUGU